UUUCGAAGGGUACGGGUGUCCUGAGUCACGUGACUCAUCCUAAUAAAAUGUUACGGCCGUCAGGCCCUUCAGGUGUUUGCUCCAACGGUUAUUUCGUACCAUCCGCUUGCAGUCAUGUUGACUACCUCCCAAAAGCACAGAGACUUUGUAGCGGAGCCCAUGGCGGAGAAGCCAGUCACCGCUUUAGCCGGUAUUGGAGAUGUUCUGGGAAAGAAACUCGAGGAACUGGGAUUUGAUAAAGCAUAUGUGGUUCUGGGUCAGUUCUUGGUGCUGAAGAAGGAUGUAGAACUCUUCACUGAGUGGCUGAAGGACAUAUGCGGCGCAAACUCCAGACAGGCGGCCUCAUGUACCCAGUGUCUGAAGGAGUGGUGUGAUGCUUUCCUGUGAAGACUGCCUAGCCACAUCUGUCGGCCAACUGCUGUUUUGUAGCUUUGUAUGUAUGGAAACUAUUUAUUCUUUUAACGGAGGGCACUUUUGUGAGUGUUUUGAAAAUAAAGUUGGAAAUAACUUCAUUAACCAGAAUGUACAGCUUUUUCCAAAAGAGCAAUGACUGAUGAAAGUUUGAGAUCUGAAUUUAAUGGUAAAGUAUACUGAUUUAAUAAACUGACCUGUUGACACUUG